AUGGCAACAAACUACAGCAUGACGAUGGUACAUGCAUCGUCAACAUUCGCCAUAAAGCUCCUGGAACCAGUAACCAGUGCCAUUAUUCAGCGUUUGGCUUUAGGAACAUCUGUACCACCCCCCGCCUAUAUUACUCUUCCUAUCAUCUUAGGAGGUGCUGUUGGUUUCUGUGGAAAUUCCUUUAACACGCCUUUGACAGCUGUUGGUAUUGCCGUGGCCUUCAUGUCCAACCUAAUCCUGGCCUUCAGAAACGUGGUUAUCAAACUGGAACAGAAGGACAGUUCCACUUCAAACACCCAGCUGAGACCAAAGAGAUUUGUCUUCAGCAUUGCAGGUGUUUGUGUUGCUCUGGCUGUUGGCACUAACUACCUUACUUCACAAAAACUUCUGUCAUCCUUGUUCUUAUUCCUGGUUAACACAGGACUGUGCUCCAGCGUCUUCCACGUCAUCUACUCCUACAUCUCCACCAACGUCGUGCUCCUCUACAUGUCUGUAGUCAGUCAAACAUCUUUAAGAGGGUCCUCGUUGUGCUGA